CAGUCUGUAGCCCAUUGUCAAGUAGGAUGGCGCGAUGGAGGUGAUGGAGGGUCUAGCAAGGUGCGAGCUGCUUCCAUUCGAAAUGCGGAGGAUCUGUGAUCAUGAUGACUCGGACGAGGCUCGGAUGGGAAGUCCCUUUGAUCGACGUUCCUGGCAUCCCCCACGGCCGAUCGCGGCGACGUGGACGCGUACGGCUGGGUACAAGCGGCGAGGCUUGCGCGCUCCCCCCACGCACAAUGCUCGCGUUCGUCACCGUCGGAUCGACCAAGUUCGACGCGCUUGUGCAGGCGGUGUGCAAUGAUGCGGUCCUCGACGCGCUUCAAGCGAAGGGGUAUAACCACCUUGUUGUCCAGGCCGGGAACUCUACGUUCGAACACAGCUCAAGGCUGCACGAAGCGGCUAUUAGCGUCCGUACACGCAGUCACGGUAUCGAACAAGAGUACUACAAGUUCAAGCCAUCGCUGCGCGAGGACUACGAGAGAGCAGACCUGGUGAUCAGCCAUGCAGGCUCCGGCACCAUUCUCGACGUUCUCCGCAUUCCCAAGCCCCUCGUCAUCGUCCCGAACCCGACUUUACUGGACAAUCACCAGCAGGAACUUGCGGAUGUCCUCGAGCAACAACGACACCUGGUAGCCUCAACCCCAGAAACGUUGGCUCGCGACAUCGCCUCCUUCGACGCAACAUCACUCGUACCCUUUCCUCCCUUCGAUGGCUCUCGCUUCGCCCGCAUCCUCGACGAAGAGAUGGGGUUUUGAUAGCCACACGACGGAAUACCCAGCAUGCAAAUAUAUUCACGCAUAGAUACCUAUGUUACCUCGCACAGAUACCUGAAUCCUAGGGCGAGGAUGUGCCCUCCUAGCAUGUUCUAUCCUCCCUGGAGAAUGGAGGACAGGCCAAAACGAAGGUAGCCCCCACGAAUGGGGACCGACCCGCAGCACACGAAUGCACAGCGAUCCAUCUUGCUCCCAUAAAAUGAGAACGUGCGCCUGGGUGUACAGCGCCGUCCAGAGUGUCAAAGAGCGUGGGGUGGGGGAAAGGGAGGAAGGCCGAGAUGAU